GAGUCAACUAUUUAGUUAAAAAAAAACAGAGAGAAAGCCAAGGUAAAGUAAAAGAAAAUUACGGCAUUCUCUUCGAUUUCCUGUCGCUCGCCAUGGAUUCCAGAGGCUCGAAUCCAUAGCGGCGAUUUGAUCCGUCUCCGCCAUGAAGAAGAAGAAGCUCUCCAGCGAAGACUUGUUCCGAGAGCUGCUGCAGCAGCUCGGAGACGACGAGCCCGUGGAGUUCCAACUCCCGGAUUGGUCGAAGCAGCGGAAAUUGACGCCCUACACGAGCUACACCGCAAUAAGGCGCAAUGUUUAUCUCACCAAGAAGAUGAAAACGCGCGUGCCAGAUGAGGGCAUUUUCUGCUCCUGCGUUCUUUCGCCGGGAAUGCCAGCCGUCUGUGGAAAAGAUUGCCUUUGUGGGAUGCUUUUGUCUUGCUGCUCUAUGAGUUGCAAGUGUGGAAAUCUAUGCAUUAACAAACCGUUCCAGUACCGACCAGUGAAGCAAAUGAAGUUAAUUGAGACAGAGAAAUGCGGAGCUGGGAUAGUAACUGAAGAAGAUAUAAAAAGAGGGGACUUUGUGAUUGAAUAUGUUGGCGAAGUGAUUGAUGACAAAACAUGUGAGGAAAGGCUGUGGAAAAUGAAACAUUGUGGCGAUACCAAUUUUUACCUGUGCGAGAUCAGUAGGGACAUGGUCAUUGAUGCUACAUUCAAGGGAAACAAGUCUAGGUUUAUAAACCAUAGCUGCCAGCCUAAUACUGAGAUGCAAAAAUGGACAAUUGAUGGAGAAAUCCGCAUUGGAAUAUUUGCAACCCGGGACAUAAAGAAGGGGGAGGAACUGACCUACGAUUAUAAGUUUGUACAAUUUGGAGCAGACCAGAAUUGCUAUUGUGGUUCAGUAGGUUGCAGGAAAAAGUUGGGUAGCAAACCAGGAAAGCUAAAAAUUCCUACUUCAGAUGAUUCUUUGGAAUUAAUACUUUGUCAGAUGGCAGCUUCCGCUCCCAGUUCAAAGUCACUUCUUUAUGCAAAAACUGAUUUGCAAAGUGGGAGACCGAAUAUGGGAUCAUGCUCUCUUCUUGCUCCCAAAAGAAAGAGUGAUUUCGAGAGUUGCGUCGGUGAAGUUGUGCGAGUAUGGUCCCCGCAGGAUAAAAGGUAUUAUGGCGGAGUCAUACUAGCGUUCCACCGCUUUUCCAAGGAACACACUAUAGUCACAGAGGAUGAGCGAGUUGUGCAAGUCGAUCUCUCGAAGGAAGAUUGGGAUCUCUUAUGAUCGUCAGUGAUCGUCCAGUCGUGGAGUCAUUCUGAGCGUCUACUACCGCUCUCCGACGGCAUUAAAAACUAGGUUUACUAGCUGCUCUGAAUGUAAGCUCUUGUCGAACUCCAGAAUUUUAGUGAUCUUGAAGAUGUGCAAAAUUGUUAGGGUCAAUAAGCAUUCUAUUUAAGGCUAUGGCUAAUAACUUAAAUCAUUCAAUCAUAACCUAAGAAGUGGUUUGUUAUUUA